AUGUCCUUCUACAACAAUCAGACUCAAUACGGGCAACAAGGAAUGAAUCCAAAUUCUUCACAGAAUAACCAGAAUCAAAUGGGAAUGGGGCCGAAUAAUAUGUUUGGUGUCUCUAAUGCGCAGCAGAAUCAAAUGGCACUUGGUGGCGCGAAUGGAGCAAACAUGGGGCAGAACAAUAGCACAAGUCUAGUAUUAAGCAACAACUCAGAGUUUGGAAAUUCUUCUGGGCAAGGAAACAACAAUCUAAGCAUGGGGGGAUUUGGUGCAGACAAAGGAAACAGCUUUAGUGGUGGGUUUGGCAAUAAUCAGGCUAACACUGGGUUUGGAAGUAGCAGCAAUUCUUUAAAUCCAGGGGGCUUUGGUAGUGGAAUGAACAAUAUGAACAGUAUGAACAGUAUGAAUAAUACAAAUAGUAUGAAUAAUAUGAACAGUAUGGGUGGUAUGAACAAUGUGAAUAAUAUGAGUAGUUUAGGAGGCUUCGGAGGGAACUCUGGAAACAACAACAAUUCUUUUGGUCUUGGUUCAGGACAAAACACUACUAGUGGGUUCGGCAGCAAUAAUGGAUUUGGAAGUAAUAAUGGGUUUGGAAGUUCCAUGAAUACUAAUGGGCAGGGAAGUCAAUUAGGAGGUGGAUUAGGAAACACUGGAUUUGGUAGCAACCAAAAUACAUUAGGCGGUAAUACUGGUGUUGGUAGCAUGCUUGGAAAUACCUCAGGACUAGGCAACAAUAUGGGCUUUGGAAGCAACCAGAAUAGCUUGGGAGGCAGCACUGGAUUUGGAAAUCAAAUGGGAAACACCUCAGUAAUUGGAGGAAGCCAGAUGGGCUCUGUAUUUGGAGGGAGCAUAGGUGCAGGAAUGCAAUCAUCUCUUGGCAGCGGACUAGGCGGAGCUCAAUCGGGGCUAGGAUCUUCUAUGUUUAGACAGGACAGUGGGCUAGGGGCAAAUCAGUCUAUUUCCAAUGUAACAAAUAGUCUUAUAAACUCCUCGCUAAAAAAUGCAACAGGAUCAGUGGAUGAUGUUCAGUGUACGAUUGACUAUCUAGAGAAAGCUUAUGACCGGAACAGCCCUCUGUAUAAAUUCACAUAUACAUUUUACAACUUAGCAGACCCGACUUAUCCACAUAUGCAAAAACCAAGCAAUGUAUCGCUGGACGUAUGGAAUCAGGCAGUGCGGCUCAAUCCAGCACCAGGGUAUUUAUACCCCGAAAUUAUUUUUGGAUAUGAAGAUCUAGCGAUGCGACUAGAAAAACAAAAGUCUGUAAUUGAGAAGCUAAAAAUAAGUAGAAGAUAUCUAGGAGACAGGCUUAAUGAGCUAGUAGAAGGAGGAAUUCUUCGGCUAACAAACAAACUAACUAGCAUCAACGAAAAGUACAAUGCACUGCUGGUUGAUGUUCUUGAGCGGGCAGGAAAAUCACUGGGCCUAGAAGUAAAAGGAGCAUCUUCGCAGUACGCCCAAUUAGAGAAAAGAGCGAAUUUAUUAAGCGAUGGCCUGGCAUCUUUGGCAGAGAAUGCAAUAGCAUACAGGCGCGAAUUUAAUCUGGAGAAGGCAGAACAGACGGCAUCUAUACUUGAGGAGCAGCACAACAUUCUUAACAAUAUGCUUGCGUCUGUAAAAAAGAAGCUGGCAUAAUAAAUUUCUGGCAAGCA